AUGCCUCCCGCACCAUACAUCUGCAUUCCCGGCGUCCCCAACUUCCGCGACAUAGGCGGCCACCCGCUCUCCGCCCAACCAACCAAGCAAGUCCGCCGCAACACCGUCUUCCGCUCCGGCCGCCCGACCCUGGUCCUCGACCGCGGCGUCAAGAAGCUCAAGAUGCUCGCCAUCUCGCACAUGUUUGACCUCCGCUCGCGGCAGGAACUCACGUCUGCGCGCUACGAUCCGGCGGGGAUGCUCUGGGCCGGCACGGAGCGGGUUGGCGUGCCCGUGUUUCGGCCGGAGGAGUAUUGUGAGGGCGCCGAUGGGCUGGUUGGGCGGUUUGAGAGGUUUGGGACGAGUGUUGAAGGCCCCCUCGAAUCCCUCACCCAAAUCCUCCUCUCCGCAACCCACCCGCAGAACCCAUCCCGCCCCUACGCCCGCAUCCUCCAACACCUCUCCUCCCCAUCCUUCUCUUCCACUUCCUCUCCGUCUUCGUCUCCUCCUCCUCUUCCCACCCGCCGCCAAGACCGCACCGCCGUCAUCUGCGCCCUCGUCCUCUCCCUCUGCGGCGUGAGCGACGACCUCGUCGCCCACGAAUACAGCCUCACAGACGUCGAACUCGCGUGCCACUACAAGUCGCUUGCUGACAAGGUCCAGGGACACCCCGCGUUUGCGGGCACGCGCGAGGAUGCCGAAGCUUUGGUUCUGUCUCGAAAGGAAAUCAUGCUCUGCUUCCUGAAGAAGCUGCGCCAAAAGCACGGCUCCAUCGAAAAGUGCGUCAUCAACCUCGGCUUGCUCGAGGCUGAUGGCAUCGCCCGCCUGAGGCGCAACAUGAUUGUCGAUGCCGCCAAGAACCAUUCCAUUGUCGCUGCUUGGGAUACUCUGGACUUGGAGUAG